CGAACGUUGAUGCAUGGUCAGUACGACGCUAGACGGAGUCACGUUAACGGAUCGGACCGCGCAACCGAGCAUCGUCGAAGAGGAUAAAUUACGAUCAAAUUGCCGCUUCGUUUUCGCUUACGAUCUAGAGAAAAUAAGAGAAGGAAGGACGAGGAGAUUGAUUUUGAGACACCGGCAUAGCCGAAGCGAAACAUCUUUCGUAAACAAAAUCGCAUCGAAAGUUGUUUAUCCGGAGGGUGAAUAUUCUGCUUCGGUUCUCGCUUUUUCGCAACUCGCGUGUGAGAGGAUCGAGACGAAUAUAGAUACGGAACGAAGGAAUGCGGCGAAGAAAUCACGAGUAGCGAAUCAUCGGUAUCUGGCUCUUGGAGAGGGAUUCGGAACUGGGAAGUCAGAAGUAUUUCGAAACGGAAGAAUAAGGAUAAUAACUUACACUUGUCAGAAUGGAUCUUGUAUACAUGCCGGAAGCCCUCAGCUACGGCUCGUUAAGACAUCCGCAAUAUCGGGACUAUGAACAACCGUGGAACAAGGACUACUUCAAUUACGGGAAGUCAACAACCAAGGCGAAGAACCAGCAACGUCAGCAGCUACAAAAAUCCACGUCUAAGGUCCCUUGCUCACUCUGCAAAGAAAACAAACGGCGCACCCUGGCUGCUUACAUCCGUGGUAAAGCACGGAAUAAUUCUUGCAGCGAGAUACAUGAGGAGAUUGAAGAAGAUGAGAUAAGGGAGGAGGAAGAGGAGGAGGAGGAUGUACCGAGGUGCGGAGAUGACGAGGAGUCACAAGAGAAAACUGUGGAAAAGACGAAAGGCGAAGCAAAGACAUCGCGAAGGAGGUCCGACGAAAAUAUCGGCGAAUCGGCAAACGGCAACUAAAUUUAAUACAUAGCAAUUAAUAUUAUAUUUAAGAAAAAUGAACGAGCGAAUGAAUGGAUAAAUGAAGAAUGAACGAAGAAAGGAGAGAGACUAUUGUAAGACGAAGAAUGAAUUACGCCACUGAGGAAACUCUAUAUGUUGACGUAAAUAGUAGCGUAUCUAUUUGUCCGAAUGUUAAACAUUGCAGGAUGCGAUUCGUGCGGGAUUUGCAGGUACUUUUUCCCUGUAUUUAAGGGAAAUUACUCAGUCUUCAAUACUCACGAAUGAUUUUAAGAGGUAGAGAAAGAAUCGAAUGUCAUUUGAAUGAAAAAUUCAAUUGUAUAUACUUGGUGGGCUUUUGUUGUUUGUUUUAUUGAUAUUUUUUUUUUUUCUGUGGGCUAAGAAAUCGUUCCGAUAACGAGUAUAAUAUCUACUGAAGUACCUGGUUAUUGGUGGUGCUUAUCGCGUUUUGUCUUAGUGUUAAGAUGAUUUUUAUUGACUAGCUACUUGAGCAUAAGUUUGCAUGUAAAAUGUAUAUACAUAUUUAUUGGCUUCCUCAAGUCUGCUAUUACCCGUUGAAUUCAUAUUCAUACUCGUAUAAUUAAAUACUCUUGUUUUUGCAAUAAAAUUUCAUACCCGUACAAGGGUCGUUUUAUUUCGUAGAAUAAUUUCGCAGUCAAGUAAAGUGAAGUAAAAAAUGUGAGGAGUGUUAAAUAUUUGAUUUCAUUCCUCAGAUUUGAAAAAAAUGUAUCAAAACAUUUCGUAUGAUAAAACAGAAGUAAACUAGGUUAUUAUUCUUACACUCAAAACUAUAGGGGAAAAAUUUUGUUUGGUCGAAGUAAAAAGGCAAAGUGAGAAAAUCUAUACUACAUUGUCUAACUUGGUUUUUUAUAUUGGACUAAUAAAAAAUUAUUGAACGGAAUUCUUCCACACUCCCUGAAAAAAAGUUUGAAAGUAUUCCCCGGAUUGUUGAUUGAAAUUUGCCGAGUGACGUAUUGUACGAGGUUCAUUACUGCCGUUUUCUUCGUUAAACGCAAAUACAGAUAUUCCUAACUACUUUUACGACUUGUUAAGAAUUGAUGUAAUCAUUAUAAGACUGAUUGUGAGGUUGUGUGAAAGUAAAAAACCAGUUUUUAUGUAUAUUAGAAACGUUGCUGCUGCCGCUACUGACACUUCGCCUAAGUAAAAUUCUGUAAACCAGUCAAAAACUAAACUUAUCCUUUACCAUGUCACAUGGGAUCUUUCGUGUCGCGUGAUUUCUUGUUAUGUGUAUAUUUUGUGAUCUACAAAGCACGCGACUUUUUCCCAAAUAAGUAAUUGAGUGAAACAACUAUUGGACCUUUACCUGGACGCCUCAAAGGACAUGUUUGUGAAUUUUUUCAGAAUAUUUCGAGAACUUAAAAUAAAAUAAGGGUAAGAAGCAGAACACGAUAUGUGACAGAACGUAUAAUGAAAACCAUGUGACAGGGUAAGGGGUAUGUGAAUGCAACUAAAUAACUAAGUUUUAUAUAUAUUAAAAAAAAUAAAUAAAUAAAAUAAAAUU